CAGGGAAGAAAUUACCAAUGACCUGUCAGUAUUUAAACCAGCUCCAUCUUUGCCGAUAAACACUUUAAUGCUUGAUUUAAUGAUUUCAUCCGUCUAGACGGGUGAAUGGGUCAGAGACGUCUCCACUAGUGCAAGCAAAUACAUUUUUCAUCUCGCGCACCCUCUAGAGGCCGCUCGAGCAUGAGAUACUUUUCUAAUUUUUUUCCCCAUAUCUUACUCCAUAUUCCUCCCCCACGCCCAAAACAAGCCCUGCUACACCUGUGUCUCACGCCAUCUCCCCCUUGUGGCUAGAUCCUGCUACUACUCCACCUCGCUCUAUUCCUAUUCUUGUGACCAACAGACACCACCACUAUUAAAUCAGCAAAGGUGUUAUCUCUGAAAACUUGAUAUUGCUUCAACCAAUCAACUUACCUCGAACCAGAGUUGCCCUUCUAGAUGUGAGGCCUUUUUCUUUAUCAAACAAAUCAUUAAUUUGUCAGAACAUUAUUAUGUAUUUGUGUAUUUGUGUAUUAUUAUGUAGUCUUUCAACUUUUUACAACGAGUCUCUGGCCCAACCCAUAAACAUGGUCACACUCUAGAUCUAGUUUUUACCUUUGGCAUAUCCACUCCCACCUUUGUUGAGGAUUUAGGGAUCUCAGAUGCACCUUUGCAGAAAGGCAGAAGGAAAAUGGAAAAAAGACGAGCUGCCGAUCUCCUUCCGGAUCCUAAGAAAUUACUUACACAAAUUUCAGGAAGCAGUCAAGUCAGCAAGAACCAAAUACUUCUCCAAUUUCAUUCCCAAUACUGCCCAUAAUCCAAAGAUCUUAUUCAACACCAUAAACUCUAUCAUUUGUCCUUCUACAAACACCACCCUUGAUGUAUCCCCUGCUAAAGGGAUUGAAUUUUGUCAGUCUGUUUUGUUGUACUCUUCCUGUCUUAUUUUGAAAAGAUUUGUCUUCCUUGUGCUUGUUAGUAUUACUUCCCCUCUUUGUUCCUUUUCCCGUCUUAGUUGAUUAGUGAUGUGUUUCACCUGUGUCUUGUUCCCCCUCUGUAUUUAAGCCCACACCACUGAUGAUACUCUGCCAGAUUGUCUUUGACCCUUGAGUCUUUGCUUUCCAGCUGUCUUAUUAUGUCCAUUUUUGCCUGUUGUGUAUGACCUCAUCUGUUCUAUGUUUUGGAUUUUUUGCCUGCACCUACCUGCUUGUUGCCUUAUCCUGCCUGCCCUGCCGUGUAUGACCUGCUGCCUGGCUCUGAUUAAAGAUUUUUGGAUUUUGGAAUCUGUACUGUUGCUUCCUUUCUUUGCUACUGGGUUCAUGCUUACCAGCCUCCUCACAGUGCAAUCUGGCCAUGACGGACCCAGCAGAGUGGCAGGCCUUCCGCCAUGCUCUGGGGACCCUGGGAAAGUGCCUUUCUGCACUGGAAUAGAAACUCUCCAGCCUGGGACCGGGGUUCAGUCAUUUUCUGACCACUUACAAGCUUUGGCAGUUCAGACUAACCAGAUCCUGGUUCGCCUAGAUUCCGUGACUUUAGCAGCACCCAGUCCUGUCGACCCAACCCCUUCGACACUCAACCCAGCUCCAUGGGACAUGACUCUCCUUUUUGACAUUGUGUUCUUUGACUUUUGAACUACAACCUGCAACCUUUGCUUCUGAACGCUCCAAGGUGGCAUUUAUGGUGACAACCCUCACAGGCAGAGCAUGAGAAUGGGCAACUGCUGAAUGGGCUAAGCUCUCAUCAUGCUGUGACUCUCUGGCAGCCUUUUCAGCUGCUUUGGACAAUUGGCCAAAGGCCGAGAGGCAGCUCAUGCCCUUGGUAGUCUCCGCCAAGAUCUUUGGAGGUAUGGUGAUCUGCGGUAUGGUGAAGAUUAGCGGCAACGAUGAGUUCUCUGAGGUCAGAGUCUUAGAUCUGAUCUGUUCUUGGGGGGCCGCCAUCGCCAUGACUGGCAUCCCCUCCCUGGGAAUCUAUGCUGCCCUCUCCAAGAAUAUAUGUGCACUAAAAACGUUUGCAGGUUUCAUGGGGGCUGAAAUGAUCUUGAUGCUGAUCCUUGGCUUCCAUAUGUCCACCAAAGGAAACGAGAUGAAAGAAGUCGUUUACAUCACCUACAGAGACUAUGUAGACUAUUUCAUGGAAGACGAGCGUUCAAGGAGGUUUCUCACGAUCCUCCAGGAAUCUGGCAAAUGCUGUGGGUUUAUGGGAGCUGAGGACUGGGGACAUAACAUCCCUUGGUCCUGUGCCUGCUAUGGCAGCUCAAAAUGCACAUCCAGGCCUUAUGGAACAACUGGCCCGUACCAGAUCUACGCACAGGGCUGCAUGGAGGGCAUCUACCCGUACGUAGACAUGGCCUUGAAGAUGGCUGUUUACAUGUUUAUUGGAUUUUCCGCCAUUGCACUGCUGGGUCUGCUGAUUUCCCUCUUCAUGAUCCACCAGAUCAAACGCCAUGACAGAUCAGCAGGAGAAUAUUUCAUAGCCAUGAAGGACUUCCAAAGAGGAGCCCUGUGACCUUUAACCUCUGCAAUAUUACAGGAGGAACCAGUGGUCAAGACAUGACCUCAUUGCAGUGUUAAUAUGUGUGUGUCUGUAAAGUCUCUUAAAAUUUUUUUUGAACUGAAACAAACACGGGAGCAUUUUUUUAUCUCAAUUAUAAGGAAGUGUUAGCAGCUAACAGGCUAACGUAAAAAGGGUGAUGUCAUCAUGGUUUGUUAUGGAUCAGAUCCAUGUGUCCAUCAAACUUUAACUGGAUAUGUUAACAGACAUUUCAUUACAAAUCUGUAGCUUAGCUUAGCUUAGCUUAGCUUAGUAUUCUAGCCAAAAUUAACAAAAACUUGUAUUUUCUGUUCUGAUUCAUACAAAUAUUUUAUUAUUUUGUACAUGCUGAAGACUCUUGUACCGUGUAUUAUUAUUUUUCAAAUAAAAAAAUCUUAACAUUU